AUGAAACAAUUGUACGCAGGAAGCACACAUAUUGCAGGAAAGCGCUAUCAUUCCCUCCGCAUAUAUAUCAGGGCGAGUUCCUUUUUCUUCUCAUCUGACACAAUAGAAGUUCUCCCCAGAAUGGUAUAUUUUGUGGCUCUGAUUUUCAUUUGCUGUGUGUUAUGGUGUGUUUCGCCUCUCACCCGCAAAUUAGACGAACGUUUCAUGUUUCUCUCAAGAAAACCCAAGAAAUUUAAGUAUGAACGCAACGUAAAAGGUGCUCGGUAUCUUGUGGUAAACGGAUGCUCUACAGUUGGUAGAGAAGUCUUGCAAAACUUGGUGGAUAGAGGCGCCUUUGUGCAUUUGAUCCAUUCCUCAGAGGAAGAGGAGAUCUAUAAAGCGUUGGCGGCUAAGAUGAAGAGAAAGGGUAAGAAACGCGCCAUAGUACUUGAGAAUUGCGACUUACUGCGGGAUAAUUCCAUUAUAGAGUUUUCAUGGGGACAACACUUCAAAGAAUUCAAGGGUGCUUUUUCUGGCUUCGUGUAUUUCACAACAGAGUGUAGUUCUUUAGACUCUGAUUUAAGGGCUUUGAGUCAAUUUUUUCGGUAUGUGGGAUCAUUUUUGGCCUGUGCCCCGAACAAACCAAUUCCUCGUGUCGUAUUUGCUUCAGAAUUUGGUGGUCGUCCUUUUCGCCGGGAUGAAAGGUAUGACGGAAUCUUUACUGCGUUAGAAACUUGGCAAGAUCGUAUAUCACAUCUCGUUCGUCCGAUACCUGGGCCACAAGUGGCUUUUGCAAAUACAGGGUGUAUCUGGAAUGACUCACAGUUCUCUUUCGCGUAUGUGCUUCAUUGGCUCAGUCACAAAUUGAACGUUCAUAUGACAUGCCAUCAACGAGAAGAUUCUGUGCUACAUGCAUUACUAUCAAAAGAAGAAUCAAGGGCCAAUGGCGUUUAUUUUGUGAAUGAUAGCGAAUGGCGCACAGCACCUCAUUGUGAGAAAGUGGACAACAGAGGAAACACAAUUGGUAAAAACCAAUCUGAAGAUUCGUCUGGAAUGAAGCGAAUACGUAGUAUAUCCAUAGCGGAGUAUGACGAUUUUAUCAGGAGGAAAAAUUAUGAACAGAGAGUUGCCGUGUACAAGAAGUUAGGAAAGGGGGACUGGCCAGAAUUCAAACCAUUCUACACUGUAUUGGAUGGCAAAUUACAGGAUUCUUUUUUGAAGCCCGGAGAUGUUAUCAGAAAUGCCGCCAGGAAAAGUAGCGCAGUCUCGAAUUCUAGACUUGUUGAAAGUUCCACGAUUGACGAGAAAGAUUCGAGCGAAAGCGCCCCAUCACAAUCAGUGGCUGAAUCGAGUCAUCAGCUUGGGGCCCUUGCCUCUUCAAUGACCACGAUCGAGAAACCUCCUCUGAGCUCCAAGUUGGAUUACGAAGCCAUGUUUUCGUCAAUUACGAGGUUGGAGAAAAAUCAGGACAAAAUCAUGAUGGUACUAGAUGCCAUCUCCUCCUCAAUGACGAGAACGGAGAGAGAUCUUGUUUCAUUGUCAAAAAUGGAAAAGACCUUAGAAAAGAAUGUAGAAAACAUUGUCCCUUCUCAGGAGCUGGUUGAUCACUCUAAAACGCCUGAAGAUAUUCCAACUCACACAAUUGACCAGCAGUUUAAAUUAGAAUCAACACCAACUCUUACGAGUUCCGGAGCUCGGAGUAUGCUGUCAACUCUGACUCAAUUUAUGCCUAGGCUCGCAACUGUUUAA